UUGGAACGAAGAUGGCGGAAGGUGGAGGGUCCACCAGUGGAUCUACUUUUGGAGUUUUCCCUUAUCCAAAUGAUCCACUUCCUCUAAAAACAUUAUACCCAUUUGUGAACGAAGAUGAAACGCCUAUACCUCGCUGUUGGAGUUCAAAAGACAGAUAUAAUCAUAUUGGAUUAUCUCAGAAUAAUCUACGCGUGCACUACAAGGGUCCUGGGAAAUCUCACAAAGAUGCAGCAAGUGUUCGAGCAACUCAUCCCAUCCCAGCAGCCUGCGGCCUUUACUACUUUGAAGUCAAAGUGAUCAGUAAAGGACGAGAUGGCUACAUGGGAAUUGGCUUGAGCAUCCAAGGCUUGAGCAUGAAUCGCUUGCCUGGGUGGGACAAGAAUUCUUAUGGCUACCAUGGUGACGAUGGACACAGCUUCUGCUCCUCGGGCAAUGGUCUGCCUUAUGGACCAACCUUCACUACUGGUGAUACGGUUGGCUGUGGUGUAAACUUGGUUGAUCGCACCUGCUUCUACACCUUGAAUGGUGUGCUGCUGGGCACUGCUUUUCGGGACCUGCCUAAAGACUUGUAUCCAACUGUAGGUCUUCAGACUCCUGGUGAAGUAGUGGACGCUAAUUUCGGUGCAUCAGGCCCAUUUUUGUAUGACCUGCGCCCCAAGCUGGAAGAAGUGCGAGCAAGUGUGCACCGCACCAUCAUAGAGCAUCCCCUGAGUUUGCCUGGGGGUGAGCCUUGUGACCAAGUCAAGUGGACGGAUAUUCUCAACAAGAUGGUGACGAGCUACCUCGUGCAUUAUGGCUAUUGUUCUACUGCUGAAGCCUUUGCCAGGGCCUCCACCACCGACUUCACUGAAGAGGUCGCCUCCAUACGCAACAGACAGCGUAUUAACAAGCUGAUCAUGUGCGGCAACAUUGGAGGAGCGAUUGCACUUGUUGAAGAACUCUACCCCAAAUUGCUCAAUGACAACCCAAACCUCCUCUUCCGUCUCAAGGUGCGUCAAUUCAUUGAGAUCUUGCGAGGCACGGAGCAGCAAAGUCACGUUAGUGACACCAACGGCGCAACAAACGGCUUUUCUGCUCCACCAUCAAUGGAGGACCCGGCGCCUUGCUUGACGCCUGAUAAAGUACUAAAGCACACAUCAGUAAUUCAGUCAACAAGAACAGCACUCCAGCAAAGCGGCAUCAGCAGGAGCAGCAAAGGAACGCCCAUGCAAGCUCCGAGUGAACUAGAACUGAAUGCUCGUAACAGCUCCUCAACAUUUGGUGGUGCGGACAGCAACAACAGCGAUGGCAAUAGAUCAUCACGGUCACCCCCUCUACCUAUUGUCUUCUCAUCGUCUGAUCACGGCAGGCCUGAGGCCAUCACAGUCCCAGACGAAGAGAGCAGUGACACUGAAAUGGAUUGCUUAGACGAGCCAAUGCCUGUGACUGACGAUCGUCCUGCGGGGGAUUUGAAUGGAGUCUCGAAUGGUGUUGAUCAGCAUCCGAAUGAUGAGGAUAUGCUUGUUGAUGAUGACGAGCCUGAAGUUCCACAAACUAACGGCACUUGUAGUGUUCCAUCGCCAAAAUCUCAGGGUGGAAGUUGCGGCUCAACAAAUUGGCCUCGAGGAAGUCACGUUGAAACCGUAUUGGCAUUUGGCCGCGAGUUGCAAGCCAUCAGCGAGAAGUUGCGGCGCACGCAUGGCAAGAACAAGGCCAACAAACGCAUGCUGCAGGACGCGUUCAGUUUGCUUGCGUACAACGAGCCGUGCUUGUCACCGCUCGGCUGGCAGCUGGAAACUGCGCAGCGCGAGCCCGUUUGUCAAGCCCUCAACUCUGCCAUUCUCGAGUCUCAAAACUUGCCUGCUCGUCCAUCUCUGGAGGUUUGUGCGAGCCACGCGCAGCAACUGGUAAACCUCAUGUCGAGGUCGGGCUUGGGGGCCUCGGCGUUCACUCAGAUCACCUCACUUCUGCACCACUCACCUAAGCCUUAUCAAAUCCAGCGUUGUUCUGUCAUGACGGAGACAUUUCCACAAGUUGUUGGCUUGCAAGCGCCAUCAACAGAUCUUGGCGAACCGAGACGAAGGUCUAAACGGUCUCUGACGGGCGACCGUUUUGAUAACAGUUUACCAGAACCUUUACCUCCUCGAGUGUCUUCUGUGAUCUCUACUACCUCUCAUGUAGCCUCAAGCUCAACCACGAGCUCUUUACCAUCCACGUCUGUCUCUAGUAGUAGUAAUAACAACAAUAAUAAUAAUGCUUUGCAAGCAGCUUCGAGUAACUCUUUUCAGUUGUUGGAGUCUAGAAUAAGUUCCCCGAUUGGGCAUCUUACGGCAGAAGAGAACAGUGCUGAGCAUCUAAACGGCAAUGCCGUUGUUUCUGAUGAGGAAAUGGUUACCGGUGGUGGUGAUAAUAUUGGUGAUUCCUUCACGUCUUUACGGAUGAGUCAUUUUGACGGCCAUAAUUACAACGAAGAUUUUAUAUUGAAGACAAGUUCUGAUGUUGUGGACUUUGCAUCUCCUGCUGCUGGUUCAAGACUACCUACUUCCCAAGACAAUUCAUUGAGUAAUUCCUUGUCUGGUCGGGCUGGAGAAGUGCUAGACGACGCUGUACAGUUCCUGCAGAGCAACAGCGGCCUGCAGCUGUGGCGUGCUGGCGAACGACCUGCCGCUCAGGGCGACCUUGUGUUGCCUGAAGCUUCUGCUGCUGGCGCUCUACCCUCGUCUACGCCUUCCUCGUCUACAUCAUCCACGUCAUCUUCCAUAUCAGCAUUAGAUCCUUCCAGCAGUAAUGUGACUGAAACAAAUUGGCAGACUACUCCAAGACAAUGACUAAGAGCAACUACUGAAAACUGGCAGCAAUAUCAUGACUGGUCUUCUGGGAGCCACUCCGCUGCAGAAAGCUACUCUCCUGCUCACAGCUCUGUGCACUCGGCUGAUCUUCAUGUCUCGGCGCGCGUCCAUGGUCCAUCGGACCGGGCGAAUUCCUCAGCCUCCCUCGAUGCACCUAGUUGCGCCGAUUCUGUGAAUGAUCAUCCAAUAGAAAUUUCACAUUGUGCGGCAACACACAAUUCGACUCAAUUACAAUCCCAACCUUCAGCUGUGAUCCAUGCUUCCUCGGCUGUCAGCCUUUCUCAUGAUGAAAGGUAUUGCCAAAUGUCAAAAUGUGCAUUUCCCAAAUCUGGAAGUUAUUCCAAUUCACGUGUAGCGGCUACAGAACUUAGCACCUGUGAAAAUGUUCAUUCUACGCUUACGAAUUUAAACCAGGAUAUUGCUGCUAGUUGUGGAGAGGCUUUUCGCCACUGUGUUGAUUCUCCUACAUAUCACGACUCAGAUCGUGCAGCAUCUAAGUAUCAAAUUAAUGCGGAUAGUCACUGUGCUACAUCUACCGCUCCAUGCAGUGCUUCAGACUCUGGUUCCAAAAGUGAAGAAUUGCUCACUCCACAAACUGAAACCCCGGAUCCAGUUGGUGCUGAGGCUGAUGGCAGAGGUUUGGCUAGGGUUUCCGGGAGUUAUGAUGAAAAUGCUGACCACGUUUUGGAAUCGUCCUCAGCUCUCUCGGUAUGCUCCGGACUAGGUGGGAAAUGCGUCUCUCUUCAAGCCAGCGAAGAAGAAAAUGCCUUCAUGGCUGUAUUCUGUUGUCAGACCGGCAGUUGUGUACAAAGUUAUUCAUUUCGUACAGUUAUGUGCGAAUGUAAUGUUAACAUUAGCGAUCACUUUAAUUUCUCUUUUUCUAAGUUUAGAUUGAGUUGUGAUAGCAAUAACAGCCCUAGAUGCUGUAUUCAGGAUAUAAGUGCAUCUUUUGAUACGGAUGAAGAAACUAGGCAAAAUGCAUAUAAAGAAGCUCCUGUUGCCUCCCGCUCCUUUGACCUCUUGACUUGCAACACUCCAGAUGGACUUGAUUCGUCUGUUGAUAACUUGAAAUCUCUCAAUUCUAGUUCAUCAUUAAGUGAAGACAUUUUGGGUCUUUCUGUUGCUACGUCAAGUGGAUCGUUGAGUGAUGAUGUCGGUGAUAACGUAAAGAGUUGUAAUGUAGAUGUGUCUCCUGCUGAUCCAACACCUUGUUCCCAAACGCACGAAAAGUAUUUAUGGGAUAUGGUUGAUAUCCACGAAAACUGGGAACCUCCCCACAGCAGCUUUCUAGAUUCUAAGUGUUCAGAUAAGCAUGAGCAUCAUUCUUCAGUUGCCUUCGCGGCUACAAAUAAAAUGACAAACAAGCGACCAAGUCCAUUGAAUUUGUGCUCCACAUCUCCAUUGUUGGCCUUACGCUAUUUGAAGCCGGCAUCAUGUGAACACAUCACGGAUUCAAAAAACUCGCUAACAUUAGAAAGCAGUUCUUGCACAAACCUCCCAGCAGAAGAGCAACGUCAUGGCAUUGCCGAGGUAGAAGAUUUGCUGAACCUAAGUGAAAGCAUUCUAGACGAGACGUUAGAAUGUCCGAUUGAUGGUAGGGACCUUGACCGUGAAAAGAGUUUGGAGCCUGUUCGGGUGGAAGCCGCACUCAAUCAUAAUUUUCGGUCAAUAUCUUCAUCGUGCGGGGAAUACCCGUACAGCUUCAAGUACCAAGAUUUCUGUGGUCACUCAUUUCUCGAUUUUGGCGAAGAAGAAGAGAGUUCUGACUGCAUGCCGUUUCCAGGUGAUCGUCAUCACUUGCUGUACAAUGAUACACGCGACUGUCAACUGAGUGCAGAUGGACUAGAAACAUCCGUCUUGAAGUGUUCGUUCAAUUCUAGUGAUGAUGAUGCCGAGGACGAAGCAGAUGUGGAAUGGGGCGGUGAAGAAUCACACGAGCUCAAUCGUCUCACUGAUGUAGGAAGUCGUUACUUCGCUGAAAGCUUCACCCCGCGAGGCUUCGGCUGGCGGAGCGUUGGGCAUGAUAGUGAGCCCUCGCUUGACGAGUCCAAGAAGUGGGAGCUUUAUUCUCGUUGGGUUGAUGAAGGAACCCCGGCGACUUAUUGUGGUGUAACCUCCUCUUCAGCCGUUCAAUCUUCGCCCACAGAGCCCUAUUUUUGUUCGGAAAUUCCUGCUAUUCGAGGUACUUAUGCUGAUUUUGAAGACUCGGAAGGAAUAAAUUUUUCCAGAAGAUCUAACUUAGUCCAAAGUCCCCUUACUAAAAGUUAUCGGAAUCGUCGUUCCAAUAAUGAAUCCAAUCAAUACUGCACAGAAAACAGCUUCUGUUUGAGUAACACCUCAACAAGUUCUCCAACGGGACCAAGCCCUUUCCAUUUUCGAAAUGAUGAUGUGGUGACUAACGAAAUCAACGAUGAUGGUUCUCGUUCUUUAACCAACUGUUCGAAUGUUAAUGCCUUUAUGAUAUCAGAAGCGAGUAUGAGCUCGACUCCUCCCUCUUCAAGUUCUUCCUUUGAAUGCCAAUUUAGAAACGACACAGGCAAAUUUCCCUUUGAUUGUACAUUCGAAUCUUCUCAAGACAUUUUUGUUAGUUCGUUGUCCUGUGAGUUUGACGAGACUCUAGACCGUGGCUACGAGUCGGAUAUUUGCAUGCCUGAUGUAAAUUCAACAUCGCAUGAGAAACCUGACGAUUCAUUAGAAAUUUCUACUCUGACAUCGGUGAUCACUCCACCAACGCUUGCAGUGACCUUAGAUGAAUCGCCCAACUGUGAAGAUGUGACUACAGGCAUAGAAUCUGAAUCCAGCGCAUUUCUAAAGCCGUCGCUUGAUGUCGGGAGUAAAGGUGAAGAAGGUGUAAACGAAGUACCGGUAUAUGGUUUUGAGAGGCAGGCUCAUUCAUGUGCGCAAUUCUCUCAUUGGGAGGAAGACGAAUGUGAUUCUGACGUUCCUUCAAAUGAUGAAAUACACUCGCUUCCUUCAAGAAACUGUCUCAUCUCGACAUCUAAGUGUACAGAUUCUGAUGUUAAUGUAAGCUCUUCUAACGGGCAUGAUACAAACUCUCAAGUUCGCGGGACGUCUUUCAACAAAAAUCAGUCAAAUGAAUCUCCACUAAGUUUGCAGCCUCGUUCAUCCUCAAUUUUUGCUCAUUCCAAUCUUGGUAGUGCUGCUGUUCGUUAUCGUUCGUCAUAUUCUAUGGCUCAAAGUAGGUGUGUUCAGUUUUACCUUACCUCGUCUCUGUUCCCUGCAAGUGGACCCUACCCAAGGUACCGAGUUUCAACUCCAAAACCAGGCAACUACGCCAUAUCCGAAAUGCUAUUACCCGUGCCGUCUUCGGUAUUGCCUUCAUGCUUAUUUUCUAUUGAUAAAACUUUGCCAGCAUCAUGGUUGAGUGCCUCUUCCCGUCUCAUGCCUGUUUCGCUUUCGGCUCAGUCGUCCUCUCAUGCCACGUUUUCGCCACUCCGUCUAGCAGCCGUUGAGGAAAAAUCGCAUUCCCAGGUUGAUGGCGGGAAGCCCUGCCGGGAUCCAGUUGCAGAUGUUCCUUCCUCUUUCUUUAGCUCCAGAACCUAUGUAGUAGCAUCAAAUCCUGGUGACGGUGGUGGCACAACAGGAAAGAUAUCCAAGCCCGUUUCAUUAUACAACGAACCUACUAUUUCAAACUCUCGAUCAUCUUUACACCUGCUUUCUUCUCUUGUAAGGCCAUCAUCCAAAGCAUCAGGACAGUCAUCGAGGAACUCUUCUAAUACCGGAAUUGCGCCUGUUAUGUCCAUAGCUAAUUCCGUUACAAAUUCGUAUAAUCCAUUCGUUUCUGAAAACGUAUGCUGCAUUCGGACUUCCGUCACUUCUUAUCUUGGCGAUUACUCUGAUGACAGUGCUGGAUGUACAUUAAAUCAUUCCCUUGCCAAGAGUGAUGGUUGUAGCGGGGCUUGUACGGUUUCAACUCCGAGUUCUUGUUCAUUACCAUCUGUCAUGUCCGCGUCAUCCGCCACUAGUAAUUCAUCUCGGAAUUACCCAUCAGCCACACAUACUACUUCAUAUGAAGAAAAUAAUCCUAUAAUCUCAUCGCUAGCAUUUUCGUUAGGAUCUUCAAACUCUUUUUCUGUUCCUACUUCGUCGACAAAUUUAUCCUCCUCCUGUCCGGAUUCCUUCUUGUCGACUAUUAAUCGUAAUUCUUGCCGUUAUCUCGCGUCACCGCACGUUUCGUGUCGAGCUGUGGACACUCGUUUUUCCGUGUCAGGACCAGGCAGUUUAUCAUCAUUCGUCGAAUAUUCAUCUACGAAUGUCGCGACAACUAGCAUUUCUAUAAUCAAGGCUUCUGUAUCAUCCCCGUUGGUAGCGACCGCAGCGGUUUGAAUUUUCAUUGCUGGUUGGAUUGACGUUUUCUUUGUUUGAAAUCUGCAUGCAAGUAGUGCGUGGGAUGCCAACUGAGGAAAUUUUGUAGCUCGUUAUUAUAUUCUCGAUACUCUCAGUAACCAUGCUUUGUGUAUCGAUGCUCAUUUUUUAUCUUGUCGGUCCAUUUCCUAAGUGCGCAAGAAAUAUGUAUUCGCUAUAGAACUUGAGUUGAAAGUCAUGAAAUUUAGCCUUUCGUUCCUUUUUCUUCGUAUAAUUCUCGUUCCUGCAACGUGAGUUCCUCAUAGCAGUUUGUGAAGGUUUACCGUGCAAUACAGACGCACUGCUCGGCUAGACUCGUGUCCUUGAUGUGCGUGGUAUUGUCGUUAGACUGAGUACGAUCUGUUGGCAAUUUUUCAUCUCGGUGUCUCAGAAAAUAACAUUUUAAUUAUUUAAAAUAUAUACCCGUUUCCAAAUUAGAAAACCCCACUUCAUAUUGUAUUUUUAUCUUUCCUUUAUUCGUAAAAAUGAAAUAAAAAAUGUUAGCUAAAAUUAUACCUAGUGUUUUACUCUUUGGCAAUAAUGGAAACGCUGUAAAUAUGGCUUAUUUGUUGAGAAAAAAUCCUACAUUUACCCCUUAGUACUAGUGCUAUCAAUGUGAUGCGCUAGGAAUUCCUUUCGUUAAUUUGAGAGAUCUAGUGUAAUUCUUGUAGAUUGGAAAAGCCUAUAGCAGUGGCUCGUAUUGCCGACUGCUUCCUCAACGUGACGAUACUCCACGGAAUUUCAAAGACGUUAUAAUUCCUUAGCGGAUUUUUUUCUAUUGCUGCAUGAGCUGCUGCGUAUUGAUCUCAAAAUUUUGCGUACUAAUCAUGAUUAUUGUCCUGCCGUGGCUACCAUCCAUCUGGAUUAGAAUUUGGUCAAUGCCUUUCAUCUUCGAUCCACCAUCCAUUUUUCCCCCUGUUUCAUCGCAUCAUAUUUAAUAUGGUAUCUUUGUUUUUGUAUCUCUGUAGGUCGCCCAACAUGAUUAUCGUGCCAAUUAACUGGAAAAGAUUCAGCCGGCGACGAAUCUGAUUUAUUUCUCGACUGCUCAAUACCCACAUCCCUUGUCCAGCGGGCUUCACAGUGUGUACCUUCCCAUUCAGCAACGCGUUUCCUUUCACUCUCUAAUUUGUAUCUCAUAUUUGUAUUAAACAAGCUAACUCUAUUUAGGGAUGUAGAGUUCAGGCAUGAUUUCACAUGAACAUACAGACGCAUGAAUUUCGGGAAUUCAUACAACGCUUUCUAUUUCUCGACAUAGGAGUCGCUCACUCGUCGCUGAUCGCAAUUCACCGAGAUUCUCUUAUCAAAGAAGACGAGACAAGACAAGCCCGAGUUCAGAUUUUGUCAGUGAAGUCGUUUACCAUGUACAUUGUGUAUAUAAAGCAUGAGCUUGCUUUGUGCUAGCGAGCAUCUUUAUCAAAGCCAUCUGUACCAAUGGUACCGUAAUAUUAUUAAUAAAUAUAACAAUUACGAAGCUGCAGUAAUGAGCUCACACUUGCAAGAUAUUGUAUGGGACUUGUUGGGUGAGGUGCGGGAGCCUUCAUGUCUCGUAUCUUUUCGAGUAACCUCACGUCGAGCGGCAUUGUACACCGGAGUGUUUCUAUUAGGGUGACAUAUAGUGUCUUCAUUUUUUUUCAUGCUGCAUUUUUAUUUGUCGCGUAAUUAAUUGAAAUAAGAUAAUCCAUAACGCAUUUCUAAUUUGUCUGACAAGCGGUUUCUAUAUUCACUUUUGCCACUAUAACUUCUCUCAACCUAACGUUUUGACUAAUAAGGUCCAGAAUGUGAAAAAGUCGUUAUGCCAGGAUUAUUACACCCAUAUUUAGUUCAAUGUUGCUCCUUACACAAGUCUUUAAUUUGAUUAUAUAUAUUUUUUUUCAAUUUGAGUUUUGCCAGUUUCAUCAUAGCAAGGUUACUUGAGUCUUUGAAAAAGAGUUGAACCCGUUGCUUCUCCUUGGGUGUUGAAAGUCCUACGUUGAUAUUACAUGCUUCUUCCUGGCAAACUUCAAUGGAAAUUUUUACAACGAAAAUUUAUUAUCUAUCUCACGAAUUCAUGGUGAAUUUAAGUUAAAUAGAGACGUCAAUCCUUUUCCCCGAGUGCCUUGAUCUUAGCAUCGGCCGGGAACAUUUGCUAGUUUUGUGCUUCACGAAAGACGUUUCUUAUUUUUCUAUUCAUUAAUAUGAUUGAUGUGAAUCACUCCCUUUCUUUUAUUUAUAUUUCCCUUCAUUUUUCAAUGUGUCAGUACAUACUGAAAUUUUGUCAUUUCAUUGGGAUACCGAGCUUCAAAUUCCUCAUGCCUCCAGACGUGAACUUUUAAUCGUGUGAAUGUGUUCGAUGCCUUCAUGAUGUAUCUUUAAUUGUGAGUUUCAAUAAAAGAAAAUUUGAUGUACCA